AUGGCGACUUCAGAAAUAUCUCAGGUAGACUUAGAAUGCGGCGGCGGCGGCGGCGGCGGAGGAGACGGCGGCGAGGAGGAGGAGGGUAACGUUUUUUUCUCCGACGCCGAUGAGGACUCUUGUUAUUCUCAGUUUUACUCCACGGUUGAUGGGGAUGGCUCUUAUGAUGAUUACAGCAUUGCCUGUGGCUCUGAGAGCGGUGAGAUUUUGGAAGACGAGGUUUCGGAUUCUAGGAGGGUUUCAUCAGCGGCCGAUUCUGAUUGUUCUGUGGAUAUAGAAAAUGGUGGGUUUGGAGAAAUUAAGGUGCAUUUUGAGAGGGUUGAGAGAGAUUGUAGGAUUUGCCAUUUGAGUUUGGUGAGCAGUAGCCCUGAUUCUGGGGUUGCCAUUGAGUUGGGGUGUUCUUGUAAGGAUGAUUUGGCUGCUGCUCAUAAGCAUUGUGCAGAGACUUGGUUCAAAAUUAAAGGGAACAAAACUUGCGAAAUAUGCAAUUCAAUUGCUUGCAAUGUUGUUGGCCCAAAUGGCACUGAGGGAGCACAGCAAACAAAUGAAACCAAUGCCGUUGGAACAUCAGCUCCAACAUCCCUCGCUACAGGCAGUCGAAGUUGCUUAAAUGGUCAUCGGUUUUUGAAUUUUCUUCUUGCUUGCAUGACUGGGGGAAGCCUCUGA